GUUUGUUAUUUCUCGGGCCGUUUUUGCCAUCUGCACCGCACAAGAAUACCAACGUCCCUCAAAAGCAGCUCCAUGUCCAUGAAUCUUGAUGAACAUGCAUCUUCGCUUUUGCAGUACCUCCCCUUAAUAUCGAUGAGGUCCAUCUGAAAAUAAUGCUAACCGGACCAUGGCCACCUAGAAAGAGGCUGGUCGCCGCCGCUGUGGCAAUCACAACCAUCGUUGCUUUCGCAACUGUCUCAAACCUUCAGUAUCGAUCAUCUGAAUGGGUUGUGAACUUGCACCUCCCUUCUUACAAAGACAGUAACGCAACAGAACAAGAGACUGUUGCAAAUACGACCCUCCUCAAAGUGUUGGCGCCAAGCUACAUCAAAGCAAUACUUGACCCUAAGAACAAAAAGUUCGAUCGCCUCCAGUGCCCAGUACCUACCCCUAAGCGAUACGAAUAUCUUCAAGUCGACAAUAGAAUUGCGAAAACUGGCGAUGGCAAGACAAAAUACUUCUUUGCGCUGAAUCUGAGACAAUGCAUUGGCAUACUACCUCGAUUGAUGGGAUCCAUUGUGGAAACUGUGCGAUUCCUCGGCCCCGAAAAUUGCGCUUUGUCGAUUGUGGAGGGGAACUCGGAUGAUGGGACCUUUGAAAUACUGGAAGCGCUGCGCAAAGACAUGAGAAGCCUGGGACUUGAGUUUCACCUUCAGACUAGCGACAUGAAUCCUCAGAAUGGAGACCGAAUCGAAGCUCUUGCGAGCCUUCGAAACCUGGCCCUCGAACCACUAUUCAACAAUCCAAGUCAGUAUUCUCCAGACUCAGCCGUGAUCUUCAUCAACGAUGUCGCUAUAUGUAUGGAAGACAUAUUGGAGCUGGUUCACCAACGAGUCUUUCAGAAGGCGGACAUGACAUGUGCGAUGGACUGGUCAGAUAUAGAUCCAGCGCCCAUCUUCUACGACAUCUGGGUAGCAAGAGCCAUAAAUGGGGACACGUUUUGGGAGAUUCCGCCAGAUGGAGGCUGGCGAUUUGCGUCAAACCUCUUUUGGAACCACCCAGUAUCUCGCCAGCGAUACGAUGAGCACAAAGCCUUCCAAGUUUUCGCCUGCUGGAACGGAGCCGUGGUCUUCACCGCAAAGCCCUUGAUACAGAACAACAUACGAUUCCGGAGGUCGAAGCCUGAUGAGUGUUAUUCGGGUGAGCCUCGAUUGUUCUGUAAAGACUUGUGGAUAGAAGGGUAUUUGAAGAUUGCGGUAGUACCAUCUGUGAAUCUGGAAUAUUCGGAUCGGUCUGCUAAGAAGGCUAAGAUGCUGCAUGGAUAUGUUACUGAUACGGUAAAAAGAGAGGAUGUUAAUGAUGAGUCGUUGAAGAUCGUUUGGGAUGACAAGCCACCUGAACAAGUCAAGUGUAUGGCUUCUUUUGAGGACCAGUCUUGGGUACCCUGGAACCAAGGGUUCGAAUCCAAUGGUUGA